CGCGCCCCCUCCCCGGUCCUCGCCCGUGCACCCUCCCGCCCGCCCGCCGCCCAGAUGGCGCCCCGGGGUCCCCUUGCACGGGGCCACUAGGACCCUCGGUGUUUUCUCCCCUCCCCCGUCCUGCCCUCGCUCGCUCUACCUCAGCGAGGACUCGGGCGUCCACGGCGCCCAGCUUUUGAGCUCGCGUCCCCAGGUCGGCUGGGGGGGGAGGGGAAGAAAGGGGACCCCGGGAUCCCCCCCCCCCCCACCCGGCCGUCCCUGUCCCCUUCCCUCCUGGGACCCCAGAGAAGAUGUCUUCGAGGACGGCGCUGGCCCCGGGCAACGAUCGGAACUCGGACACGCAUGGCACCUUGGGCAGCGGCCGAUCUUCAGACAAAGGGCCGUCGUGGUCCAGCCGUUCCCUGGGCGCCCGUUGCCGGAACUCUAUCGCCUCCUGCCCUGAGGAACAGCCUCACGUAGGCAACUACCGCCUGCUGAGGACCAUUGGGAAGGGCAACUUCGCCAAAGUCAAGCUGGCUCGGCACAUCCUCACAGGCCGGGAGGUUGCUAUCAAGAUCAUUGAUAAGACCCAGCUGAACCCCAGCAGCCUGCAGAAGCUCUUCAGAGAAGUGCGCAUUAUGAAGGGACUCAAUCACCCCAACAUCGUGAAGCUUUUUGAGGUGAUAGAGACAGAGAAGACAUUGUACCUGGUGAUGGAAUAUGCUAGUGCAGGAGAAGUGUUUGACUACCUCGUGUCGCACGGCCGCAUGAAGGAGAAGGAGGCUCGGGCCAAGUUUCGACAGAUCGUGUCAGCCGUGCACUACUGUCACCAGAAGAACAUUGUGCACAGGGACCUGAAGGCUGAGAACCUCUUGCUGGAUGCUGAGGCCAACAUCAAAAUCGCCGACUUUGGCUUCAGUAAUGAGUUCACGCUGGGCUCGAAGCUGGACACCUUCUGCGGGAGCCCCCCGUACGCCGCCCCAGAGCUGUUCCAGGGCAAGAAGUACGACGGGCCAGAAGUGGACAUCUGGAGCCUCGGCGUCAUUCUGUACACGCUGGUCAGCGGCUCCCUGCCCUUUGAUGGGCACAACCUCAAGGAGCUGCGGGAGCGGGUCCUCAGAGGGAAGUACCGAGUCCCCUUCUACAUGUCCACAGACUGCGAGAGCAUUCUGCGGAGGUUCCUGGUGCUGAACCCUGCCAAGCGCUGCACUCUGGAGCAAAUCAUGAAAGACAAAUGGAUCAACAUUGGCUAUGAGGGUGAGGAGCUGAAGCCAUACACGGAGCCCGAGGAGGACUUCGGGGACACCAAGAGAAUCGAGGUGAUGGUGGGUAUGGGCUACACACGAGAAGAAAUCAAAGAGGCCUUGACCAGCCAGAAGUACAACGAGGUGACCGCCACCUACCUCCUGCUGGGCAGGAAGACUGAGGAGGGUGGGGACCGGGGUGCCCCAGGGCUGGCCCUGGCACGGGUGCGGGCGCCCAGCGACACCACCAAUGGGACAAGCUCCAGCAAAGGCAGUAGCCACAACAAAGGGCAGCGGACUUCGUCCACCUACCACCGCCAGCGGAGGCACAGCGACUUCUGUGGCCCAUCCCCUGCCCCGCUGCACCCGAAGCGCAGCCCAACCAGCACUGGGGAGACGGACCUCAAAGAAGAGCGGCUGCCAGGGCGGAAAGCGAGCUGCAGCGCGGCCGGGAGCGGGAGCCGGGGGCUGCCCCCCUCCAGCCCCAUGGUCAGCAGUGCCCACAACCCCAACAAGGCAGAGAUCCCCGAGCGACGGAAGGAUAGCACAAGCACUCCUAACAACCUCCCCCCAAGCAUGAUGACCCGCAGAAACACCUACGUGUGCACAGAGCGGCCAGGGGCAGAGCGCCCGUCCUUGUUGCCAAAUGGCAAAGAAAACAGCUCCGGUACCUCACGGGUGCCCCCUGCCUCACCCUCCAGUCACAGCCUGGCUCCCCCAUCAGGAGAGAGGAGCCGCCUGGCUCGGGGCUCCACCAUCCGCAGCACCUUCCACGGGGGCCAGGUCCGAGACCGGCGGGCAGGGGGCGGGAGUGGUGGGGGUGUGCAAAAUGGACCCCCAGCCUCGCCCACACUGGCCCACGAGGCCGCACCCCUGCCCUCCGGGCGGCCUCGCCCUACCACCAACCUCUUCACCAAGCUGACCUCCAAACUGACCCGAAGGGUCGCAGACGAACCUGAGAGAAUCGGGGGACCUGAGGUCGCAAGUUGCCAUCUACCUUGGGAUAAAGCGGAAACCGCCCCCCGGCUGCUCCGAUUCCCCUGGAGUGUGAAGCUGACCAGCUCUCGUCCUCCUGAGGCCCUGAUGGCUGCCCUGCGACAGGCCACGGCGGCCGCCCGCUGCCGGUGCCGCCAGCCGCAGCCGUUCCUGCUGGCCUGCCUGCACGGGGGUGCGGGCGGGCCCGAGCCCCUGUCCCAUUUCGAAGUAGAGGUGUGCCAGCUGCCCCGGCCCGGUCUCAGGGGCGUCCUCUUCCGCCGCGUGGCGGGCACCGCCCUGGCCUUCCGCACUCUCGUCACCCGCAUCUCCAACGACCUUGAACUCUGAGCCACCGCCGCCACCACCACCACAGCCCCGGUCCUCUUUCUUUGGUUCUUUUCACUUCCGCAAGAAGGGAAGGGGACAGAGGGGCUCCCCGUAUCAUGACUUUCCGUUUCCCUGGACUAGAUUGGUGGACAGAGACAGUCGGGGUUAUAGGGCAUGUUACGAGGGCUCAGCAGGGGGAGCUGGCGACCUCCUGGGGCUCUGGUGGGACCUGCCGCCCACACAGACCUUGCGCUGCUGCUGCAGGGUGCCCGAGAAGACUUUGGGGACAGGAGUGAGAAGGGAAACUGAGGAAAUCCUCCCAUUCAGGGAGACCUGCCAGGCAUAAUGACUGGAGACAGAACUUGGGGGCGCAGGCAGUCGGGGAGGGGGGUUUACAGGCAGAAACCUUUCCUUCUCCCCCUUAUGCUCGAACCCCCUUCCUGCCCCAGGCUGGCGCCGGGCACUUUGUACAAAUCCUUGUAUAUACUCCCGUCCCUCCGCAGAGGUCUCUCGGGGAGCUGCCGCUGUUCCAGUUUUUAAGUUAUUGCCCGCCCUCCUGCCAGCUCCUCACCUGCAGCCUGUUACUCAAUAAACAGUAGGAGAGCCCCUCCAGCCCCCGAACCCCUCCCUGGCCGACCUGGGGUUUCCUUCCAGGCCCUUAGCCUGCAGAGGAGCCAGGGAGCUGGGGACUUGACCCCAACCUGUGGUUCUGCUUGCUGAGCCUCAGUUAUCUCACCUGCAGAAUGGGAACAGUGGGUUUGGAGGGUCAAGGAUGACUAUGGAAGAGGGUGGAACAUCCCGGCCUCCUCUGUGAGGCUCCAGCCUUCUGUCCGGCCCUCCUCUCAGCCACUCGCUCCCCUCUGCUGUAUUACACUGGACCCAGAGCCUCUUCCUAUUUCAGUAAUACAUGUAUUCAAUAAACAAUCAAUGACUGGUGCCGACUCCACACCAGGCCCAGUUCUGGACAUGA